UUAAAAGAUGGAAGACAAAAGCCAAAAAGAAAAAUAAUUUACGUAAAAUUAAGUUAAUAUUCACUUUUUAGAAUAUAUCUGACUUGAAAAAUGGAGAAUUUGUGCAUAGAGGAAGUGGACCCAAGUGUCAGUUUUCUUUUUAAGGCCAUGCUUCAAAGAGAUCCAAAGAAACGUCGUGUUAAACCUGUUCAGAAGCACAUGAUACAAGUUGAUUUUGGUGGAGGAGAUGAUAGUGAUGAAGAUUCAGAUUUUGACAUGAAAAAACACAAAAAAGAUAAAAGUGAUAGUGAUGAUGAAGAAGAUAGUGAAGAGAAAGCUAACCAAGAGAGUGAUGACAGCUCAGGCUCAGAAAGUGACGAUAACGAUAGUUCAGGGGAAGAGAGCGAUAAUGGGAAGUCUCGUCUUAGUAAUUUUUUAAACAUGGAUUUAGAUAGUGCCGAUGAUGAAGACUAUGUACCAAAUCAGAAAAAGAAGAAAUUACUUCCAGCAAUUGCUCAUACAGAAAUUAUUGAGGCUAUAAAUGAGGCACCAACUCCUCCACCGAUGCUAGAUAAUCAGAAUAUUAAAAUUGUAAUCUGCUGUGUUUGUUUAACAGAUGUUACGGGUGAUGAUGAUGAGAUUGUUGAAUGUGAUAAUUGUGGAGCAUCAGUCCAUGAAGGUUGUUAUGGUAUUAGUGAUUUUCAGUCUACAACUAGUACCGAUUCAUCAGCCAGUACCGAACCAUGGUUCUGUGAUGCUUGUAAAGCUGGUGUUAAACCUAGUUGUGAAUUGUGUCCCAAUUUUGGUGGAAUUUUUAAAGAAACAGAUACUGGAAAGUGGGUCCAUCUGGUAUGUGCCCUGUAUACACCUGGUGUAGCAUUUGGUGAUGUUGAUAAACUAAGUCCUAUAACUCUAUUUGAGAUGCCGUAUGCCAGAUGGGGUGCAAGGGAAUGUUCAUUAUGUGAAGAUAUAAGAUUCAGUAGAACUGGUGUAUGUAUUAGUUGUGAUGCUGGAAUGUGUAGAUCAUAUUUCCAUGUCACUUGUGCUCAGAGAGAAGGUUUAUUAUCUGAAGCCUCACCAGAAGAAGUGAUGGAUAUUGCUGAUCCAUUUUAUGCCUAUUGUAAACUUCAUGCUGAUAAAAAUACUUCUAGAGCUAAACGUAGAAACUGGCUGGCCAUUCAAUCUAGAGUUAGAAAAUUGAAAGAAAAAUCUAUAGAUGACGAAAAGGAAAAGACAAGAUUUGAACGAAAGUUAAAAAGACACUGUGAAAAGUAUACCAUAGCCAGACAAAAACGACCACCAUCAUGGGUACCUACACAGAAGAUGGUGAGAUAUCUGUCUUCCAGUCCAUCUGCAGUACGAAAUAUGUUGAGAAAAGCAGAAUUAAUGGGAGUUAUAACACAUGUCCAGGCAGCGCCUAAUCAGAAACAGGAAACUAGAAAGAAAUGGCACACAGCUCCAGCACUCUCUACAGAAUUCAUAUCACAUUAUUUAGAGCGUAAUGUUAGAAUUGACAAUAUGAAAAAUAAUCAGAAGGAAUUAUUGAAACAGAAUACCAAACUUCACGAACAGGAGAAAAUUUUACGACUAAAAUAUGAUCAGUUAUCUUACAGUUGUGAACAGUUGAAAGAAUCUAAUAAUAAAUUACGUACAGAGGGUGAAGAUAUAUGGCAUAAACUAAUGGAUAUUGGUGGAAAGAAUAUUAAGUUACCCGAUUUGUUUCGACCAAAGAAAACAUUUAAAUCACCAACUAAAAAAGAAAUGCCCAAAUCACCACCAGCAAUCAUUCACCAAUGUGGUAUAUGCAAGAAAACGACCAGCCAACAUCAACUGGCCAAAUGUGAUUUGUGUAAAUUAUUUUAUCAUCUUGGUUGUCUAGAUCCUCCAUUGUCAAGAAUGCCGAAAAAAACAAAACUUAUGGGAUGGCAAUGUUCAGAAUGUGAUAAAACGUCAAGUGAAGAAGAAGAAGUCACAGAACAAGAUGUUGAUGGUCCACGUAGAUUACGAGAAACAAUCAAAGAACCUUUAAAAUUUCAAUUUAUGGAAAUGUACGACUAUAAAAAGAAGGAGAAGAAGAAAUCAAAAGGAUUAAAGAAGAAGAAGCCAAAGAAAGCGUCAGAAGUCAGUAUUAGUUUACAAGAUACUGAUAUAACUCCAUCAGUAUCAUUGAUAAAGAAAGCUACUAAAGAAGUGGUGGCAGUUGUUCCUAGACCAAAGAAAGUUAAUAUAAUAAAGAAGAAAGAAAUAACAGAAGAAAUAGUUGAAUGUGUUGUCUGUAGUCAACCUGGUGAAACCAGUAAUACUGUUAGAUGUGAUGAAUGUCAACUGUGUUAUCAUUUUACAUGUUUAAAUCCACCUGUUAAAAAAUCUCCUAAACGUAGAGGUUACAGUUGGCAUUGUGAAGCUUGUGAUCCUACAGAUGAUUCUGAUUCCAUGGGUGCUAUAGAAGAAGAUGAAGAUAGCAAACUAUCAGCUGUACCACUAGAGGGUAGUGUCAACAGUAGUGAUGAUGAUGUCAUAUUUAUAGAACAAGUGGACUGAAAAUAUGAAGCUUGAGGUUUAAUAUAAAACAACAACCUAAAAUCAAACUGCAUUUUUAAAACUAAUGUGAUGCUAACAAAUUGGUUGGCACAGAUACCAAACAUGCUGGAAAAUGUUUGACUUUUACACUGUUCCAAUAAUAGAAUGUGGACCCUAAAUAAAGAUGGCCAAAUGGUUAGCACAUGCUCGUUGUAUCAUAAGGUCUGUCAUUGAGUCAUCUAGCUCUUUAAAUAAGAAUCCAAACUACAUGUAUAGACUAUUUAUUGUUUAUUAUUUACUUCCUGAAUAAUCCGACUUUUUAACACAAGUUCAUAGUUAACUACUGUGCAAUGGUUAUAGUGCAUGAGUCUAGUAACACAAGUUCAUAGUUAAAAACUAUGCAAGGUUUAUACGAUGCGUCUGGUAACACAAUUUCAUUGUUAACUAAUGUGUAAAGUUCAUAGUUAACUAGUGUAAAGUUCACAGUUAACUAAUAUUUAAAGUUAGUUAACAACUAUGAAAUGUUUAUAGUGCAUGAGUCUGGUAACUCAAGAGCUAACCACUAAGUUGACUUGAAAAUGUUUUAUGGUAUAAAUAUAUAGAUAUAUACUGGUGUCACGGUUUUACUUACUAGCCGGUUUAUAUUGGUGUUUAUCUAGCUAUAAAAAAGAACCAUCUUAUGCACAAACACUAAUGUUUGUUUGGUCUGUAUAUACCAGAUGUGACUGGCCGCAAAUAUGCCCAACUGGACAUCAAGAUAUGGUGAAUUAAGUUCCCAAAUACAAUACAGUAUUCAAUAGACCAAAUAUAGCUGUAAUGAUAAUAAGUAUUGAUAGAGAAAUAAAUAUAUACCUGGUAAAUAAAUAAGAAAUACAACACUAUAUCAAAGAUUUAAUCAAAAAAUAAUCUAUAUAGUGUUACAUGGGAGACAUGUAAAAUAAGUGAAGCAACAGGAUAUAUCAAUUCUUGGUUGUCAAAGAAUAGGUUUCAUAUGAAAAUGGGGACCUAAAUUAGGCAUUUCCAUUAGAGUCUCAUGAACAAGGAUACAAGCCAAACCUGGUAGGAGUCAUAUAAGUGUUUGUAUAUGCAUGUUUAUUAAGAAUUCAUCUCUGUUUUUUAAAUCUUUAAUAUUUUGAAACGAUUUAGUUACUGUAUGCUGGGCAUUGCAUAAUUUGUUAGUUUUUGAAACAGCAAGAGUCUUAUUAUAUUGUAUUUCAUUGAUAGAUACCUAUUUAUUGUGGAUCUCUUAUAUUUAUAGUGUGGAUUUAAUUACAUCGGAAAUGUUCAACUAUACCGAUUUAUUUUGUACAUCUUAAAUAUAUAUGUUGAUUUAAUUAUAUCUGAGUGUUUUGAUUGAUAUGAUAGGAUUAAAACAGCAUUUUACUUA